AUGGAAACCUCGAUUGAAAAUCCAGAGGGUAUUGAAGAUACAGACUUGUUCCCAGUGUGGAACUUCUUAACCCAGAGCGACUACAAUGUAUCAUCUUCGGAUCCGACACAAACAUCUAUUGAUCCUAUGGAAUUGGAGACAUUCCCUACCAGUCGAGACAGCAGCUUUUCACCCAUUUUCCACGAACUCACUGACCAUGACCAAUUCUUUUCUGUCUAUGCAGGUGGCGACGGCAAGGGUCCGGUAGCUGCUCCACUGCCUAAUUUGGAUUACCACACUCCUGAGGGCCCUGUUGAUGAAAUACAGGAGAUUUUACUUCAUUCAGCCGGACUUUCAGCCCUUCGACCAACUUAUGAAAUGCUGGGGAUUGAAGCUGAUGUGCCAGCUCAUUCUGUGCCUAAGCAUGGACCAUGGAAAUCUCUGCCAGCAAACCUAGAAUUGCAACUUGUCCAGAUUUACUUCGAGACCAUGCACACCCUUUGCCCGGUUCUGGAAGAACUGCCAUUCUAUCAGUGGUAUCAAGUCCGGGAUCGGAAGAAGAAUAAUAAUAUUAACCCCUUGAGUAAUCUCAUAUUACGCGUCGUGCUGUUUUCGGCAUUUGCACAUAUCGAUCUCGAUCAACUGGAGAAGAGCCCUUAUUCAUCGGUCCCGGAGGGUCAGAAGGCUCUCUUUGAGCAGGUCCACGAACUCUACAACUCAUUGCGUGAUUCAAGACAAGGCUCUGUUGAACUUGCCCAAUGUGCAUGUAUUCUGAGCCACUGGAGUCCAUAUGACUCCUCGAGGGAAGUUAACUAUUUUUGGGCGGAUGAGGCGCUACGACAUGCGCUACUCGGGGGCCUGCAUCUGUCCAUGCGGCCGUACGAUCGCAUCAUUUGGUGGUGCUCUCUUCAAAGGAAUCGAACGCUGACAUUGGCACUUCGCCGUCCCCACAAGCUGAAACAGUACCGACCCGGUCGACUGCCCACCGUUGGCGACUUCGGAAAUCUUUCGGCUCUCAAUCCAGAUGUGAAGCAUGCUCGAUUGUACGCUGCGCAUCUGGCCAUUUCUCUGUGCAACUUGUCCGUCAUCAUGAAUGAAAUCGUGCUGCUGAGGCAUAACAGUUCGAGAUGGGACGACUGGAGAGAUCGCGGCGAUGAUACAGGCUCAAUGGAGCCGAUUAUUGACCGUAUUGUUGGGAUUGAUCGAUCGUUAAACGAAUGGACGGCCGCAUUUGAACGGACUGUCAGCAAGUUCGAUGAGACGAGAAUUCACAGGAGGACUCGUGUCUCUAGCCAUCUGCUCCGCAUGAUGGUUCAUGGAACAAGAGCGUCGAUGUACGAACAGUACAUCGAGAAGAUGAAAGGAGGCAGUUCCUUGCAGUGGCUUUUGAAUAAUGUGGCUGUCAACAAACUCAAAGACACCUCAUCAGCGGUCGUGUGUGAGAUGAGGAAGCUGUUAGACAAUUCCCAGCCUCAGGACGUUCCGUUGAACCUGGCGGCAUGGAGCAUGACACCGAUCUACGUAUUCCUGGCGCAAGUCAAAAGCCCAAACAGAAUCCAUUCUUCCGGGGCGGCGGCCUCGUUGGAGAUUAUGUUGCGGCCAUUCUCGCCCAUGGUUGAACGUUUCGUCGGCGUCAGACAUACAACGGGCGUCAUUGCUAGUAUAGGAAAAGCAUACGACAAGGUCAUCCAGGGGUGGGAUGGAACAGAUCAUGAAGCUCUGGAAGUGGAACUUCUCAUUCUUGGGCGACGAAUUCUGCGAGAAGGACUUGCUUUUGGUGUAACGGUGCAAAGCUGA